ACAAGUUAACAUGGAUAACGGUACAAUUUUAUCGGACAAACUUGACAAAUGGAACAGUGACCUAGCCAGACGACUGACUCCUAACAAUGUCAUCCUUUCACUGUACAUCGCUAUAGGUCUGCUAGGAAACUCCACAGUGAUUCUGAUCUACGGCUUCAAAAUUAAAGGAAACAAAGAAGAUAGAUAUUUCAUCCCAUUUCUUGCAUUUGCCGACCUAUCAGCUUCCAUCUAUAACAAAACAUUUUGCUCAAUCUUUUUACUCUUGAUUAUUGCCAUUCAUCGAUAUUUAAAGAUUUGCAGACCGCAAAGAAAACAAAUGACAUUGAAAUGGAAACGUUUUGCUAUGUGCCUGGUUUUGAUUAUAGCAUUUGCUCUCUCGGCUCCAAUGUCCUAUUUCUAUGGUUCAGUCUCUUUUAAAAACGAAAAAGAAAACAUCGUUGGACUUAGAUGUAGUAGAUUGAAAACCGCCCAUAAAUUAGCAUCGCAGAUAUUUGGAGGCAUCGCUGUACUCACUAUUAUUAUAGUUAUAUUUUCCUUCAUUUGUUUGUACUUGAGGAUAGGAUAUACCAUUAUCAAACACUUUAAAUACAGCAAGACACAGAAAACUUACAACAACACAGAGAAACCAAGACAGAACAACAAAAGGAAAGGUGUAAAUUCAUGUAGUAAUGGACGCCUGAGAAAUAUGGACACUGAGCUAAAAUCCUUGAGUAGCAACGAAGAAAUACUUGCAGGAAGCAGACCUGGAGAUGCAAAACAAAGCGUGUUCAUGACAUGUGCAAAGCGAAGAAAGCAGAACAGGAGAGUUGUGCACAAAAUUACUCUUGUCUUUAUGCGAAUAACUGUUAUCUUUCUAAUUUGUUAUAUUCCAAAAGUAAUAAUCAUGUUGUUAGAAGCGAGAAAUGCUAGAUUCUGGGAGGAGUUUUCAGAUUCAGGUAGAGCUGGUGUUCUUUUCCUGUACAGAUUUUUCAUAAUCAAUAACAUCAUAAAUCCAGUUAUUUAUGCGUUCAUGGACAAAAAGUUCUCGAGAAAAGUAAAAUUGUUUUGCAAAAUAUGUUCAUAAUAACUCUUACCCUUUAUUAGUCCCCUACCGGUUUUCACCGGAGGGGACUAAAGCUUUCCUCUGCGUCCGUCAGUCCUUCUGUCUGUCUGUCCGUCCGUCCGUCUGUCUGUCCUACUUCAGUUUUCCACACUUUUUUUCUUUAUGCGUUUGAGGAAUAAUAUGAAAUUUGCUGAACAGCUUCAAAAUGUCAAACUACAGAUCAAGUUUACAUUUUUGUAGCGUCUGGUUGACAUAUUUUCCAGAAAAUAAUUUAUUAUAUUCCAAUUUUUUAA